UCCGCAAGAGAUGAGUUGGGUCCAACCGUACUCAACAUGUCAGCCACGCGUUAAGCUCGUGAACUGAGCCCCACGCCGAAGUCAAGCUCAUCUAACUUGUCGCAUCGCUCAUAUCUUCCGCCCGAGACAUCAAAACGUCUCGAGAGAUUCAAUCGCCGCGCAAAGAUGUCCGCUCCAGCUCCGGGAGGUGCGCAUCGCCCAGACGAGCCCAGAUGCUAUAAUUGCGGAAUCAUGGGCCAUUGGGCUGUCGCGUGUCCUGAGCCAACGCGCCAAACACCAGCUGGAUUAGAGGCAUGGCGAAGCGCCGCACCCUCGCAGCAAAACAAUCGCAGAGAUAACCGCGGUAGCAGCAGCAAGACCUCGAAGGCACCCAUCAUCACGAGAUAUGCGCCUCCACCGACAGCAUAUGCUCCCCAGCAGCAUUACUAUCAGCCGCCGCCCGGUCAAUACCCUGGCGUACCGGCUGCUGCACCUCCUCCAGUUCCGCCACAGUAUCCCCCGGCUUCGCAGUAUCCUCCGGCACCGCCUCAGCACUAUCCGCAAUACCCUCAGGCGCCAUUGCAUUACCCGCCGAGGCAGCCUCCUCCACCCUCAUACCCUCCUCAUCACGGCAUCCCAGGGUACGGCACGAGCCUACCACCGCCUCCACCGCCAUCUCACUCACCGACGCCACCUUACCCGAUCUAUUCAUCGUAUGCGCCUCCCCCGCCCAGCUCGCUGCCAGCGCCAUUACCACCACCGCAAGGGUCACCUCCAAGGGCAGGGCCGCCCCCGAGCCAUAGCCCCCCCUCAAGGAGUUGGAGGACGCCUCAGCGCCAGCCAUCACGGGGGCGCGAUUCAUACCAAGGAUCGCCUCCGUCACGGAACCGAGCAAGCCCCUGGACGGGUGCCAAAGGGUCGAGGGAACCAUCUAGGGGGCUUCCCACGCCGCAAUCCUCCAGCUCAACUCUGCCCUCACUUCCGCCUCGGCCUAUGCAUGGAUUGCCGCCCAAGCCUCCCGUGUCUUUACCAGAUCGCAACGAGAUUCCAAGGGACCAUAACCUCACCAGGAGGCGGGACGAACCCGUCAGAGCCAGCCAAGGCAUUCAUGAGCCACAGCAUAAUGAUCAGCCCAGUUCGAAAUCACAAAAGAAGAAGAAGAGUAAUCGCAACAAGAAUCGUAGGAAGACCAAGAAUCAGACUGCGCAAGCAGGCAAAGCCACGACACCACCCAAGGACGAUGACCAACUGGGAGGCGAGCACGAUGUCGAAGAUGACAAGUCUGAACACUCUGAGCAGGACUCCGAGGCACCCGAAGAUACGAAUGAUGCAGCUAUCCCAGCCACGGACGCGGAAGUGAUUGAGGCUCCAGCUGAAAUCCCUCAGGGCGCCGAGCCAGUUGAGCCGAUCGACAAGGAAAACGACAAGGAGACGAGGACCGUAUCAGAAGGCCGAGAAGAAGCGGAACGCUCCCUGACACCAGGAGAAGAAACAAGUGAUUGGGAAUGGGAGGAGAAGAUGGCUUUUGUCGAGUCACAAAUCGUUCACGAGUCUGACCCAGUCGGGAAGCCAUUGCCGGUAGAAUAUACUGAAGAUGUCAUGCUUCCCCCAAAAUGGGAUGCGAAAUGUCUCGUUUCCGAGUUCUUCACCCAUGACAACGUGGAGGAGUUCUCACGGCCAGUCCACGAGACGAAGCAUUGGGCUCUUCUUCAGUUCGACCCGGUCUUUGCAUGGGAUGGCAGGCUGCCAAGUGGCGAUGCAUUCCCUCGACCGCCUCUGCCCGGCGCAACAAGCUCUGGCGGAGCGCAUGAGGCCCGCGACGUGCCACUGGCCACGGUGGAAGAAGACGAGCCACUCUGUGGUAUUUCGCCGAAACGCAAGCGCUCCGAAGAACCCCCCCAGUAUGCCAAACGCCGUGAUAGUCGCACCGAGGCGAGCAGAGAGCGUCCAUCCCUGCCGAGGCAACGUGACUCUUACCGUCCUGAUCCAGGUCGAAGAGUGUCCGGUUCGCAGAGACGAGACCAAAGCCCCGGUCGCCGGAGAUCGGAUAUGGGACGUCGCUCGCCUACCCCGCGGAGAUCACCGUCCGUCGCGUCGACGAGGUCGUCGAGACUCAAUUCGUUGGAACGCGAACUGCUAGGCAUCGACGGCGACGACAAGGAACCAAGCGACGACGAGAAGGAGCCUGAAAGGACUCGGCAGACCAAACGUCGGCGCGUCCAGAGACUGGAUGCUGCGUAUAGUCGACGCUGGUAAACUCACGGUUUGAGAUCUUUAAUCUUGCUGCUCCAUUUUCUUUCCAUAUUGUGUUACUUAUUUCCUUUAUUCCACGUUCUUUCUGCUAGUCCAGGCGACGUUUGGGUAUGAUGGCAUGGCGUUUUCUGAUCUUAACAACCCUCAACGUCCUUUUCUUUC